AUGGCCCUGCAAUUCGUCAUGCGCCGUUUCCUGUCGUUGCACGUGCUCUUGGUGCUGUCGUGUGUCAUCUACAUAUUAUUGGGGGCUUUCAUCUUUCAACAGUUGGAGGGGAAACAUCAGAUGGACACGAAACGAGAGCAGCUCAGUAACAUCGAGAAAAGCUCCCAACUUUACCUGGACAAACUAUGGAAAUUGAGCCGAAAAUACAGGAACAAAUUUCGGCAAACCGACGAGCUGGUCAAUUUCGUGAAGGAGCAAGCGCAGGGGAGUUUUCACGAGUAUGUGGAUACGGUAUUCACGGCGCAUCGCGUAUCGAGGCAUGGCUACGAUGAGGAUGCACCAACCUGGGACUUCUUGAACUCGGUGUUCUUCGUCACGACGAUGCUGACUUCGAUCGGAUAUGGCUACGUCGUGCCCAGCACGUUCGGGGGCCGUCUUUUCGGCGUUUGCUACUGUUUGAUAGGCAUUCCCCUGACUCUGGUUACUGUAGCCAACGUCGCCAAGUUCAUCUCGGAAACCGUAUUUUUGCUGCAUUAUGAGGUGAUAAUGCGAAGUGAGAAUUGGUCGUACGUCGAAUCCUGCUAUUUCAUGUUCAUCUCCAUCCUCACUGUUGGUUUCGGUGAUUUCCGGCCGUCCAGUGGCAACCUGGUACCGGUGCUAUUUUUGGUGCUAGGCGGUGUAAUUUUGACGACAAUGUGUAUGGAUGUAUUUGGAAGGAUGUACCUGAAGGAAAUACACUACCUGGGCCGGAAGUUGAAGAGCAGCAACCCGUUCUACUUGAUUCGGGAGGCCAAGGCCAGGCGCCGCCGUGCUGCUAUGGCCUCGCUGCUCGCCCAGCUGGCCAAGGGCAUGAUCUUCGCCCACAAAGACUACACCGAGCUGUCCCGGGGAAGCCGGAAGCGCAGAAAGCGCGACCAGAAGCGCAAGGGCAGCCAUGUCUUACCCCACGAAAAGUUCAUGUUCGCCCGACUGCCGCCCGAUCCGCCCACGGAUUGUCAGGUUGUAUCUACGUCAGCGUACUCUGUACGUAUCGCCUGGGCGCCGGCUUUCUCUACGGAUGAGGAUGUGACGUAUAAUAUACGCUAUAGGUUGAAACACAAUGCCGAGGGUCGCGUACUCGAACUCCGCGGAGUCAAAGGCCACACAGCUGAGAUCAUGAGCGUCGACUCGUGUUCCCUGUACGAAUUCAGGAUCACGGCUGUUAGUAAAUACGGGGAGAGCAAGCCCGUGUACUUGGUGCAGUAUACAGAACCCCAGCUGAGUCCGCAGCAUAUCUUGGCGAAGCGGGUGAAUGCGAAUACGGUGGAGCUGACUUGGGAGCCGCCGUAUAAGAGGACUUAUGAUGUGAAGAACUACAUCGUCUACUUCACAGAAAACCCGAGCGCCAACCUCAGCGAGUGGGACAAGAUCCCAGUGAACGGACGAAGGGUAGUGUUCCCCGACCUUCGCUACGACUGGUUCUACAUGUUCUCCGCGGCGGCGAUAUUCAAGGACGGACAACGUUCUCCUCUAUCCCGGGCACUGUUCAUCAAGACCGACAAGCUCGAAUUCCAUCCGGCCUGCGUGGGCCAGUCGCGUACAGUCGAAGUAAUGGAAUCGCUGCUGGACCGAGAAGAAACCGACACGACCCCCUUGCUAAAACGCGACUACUCACUCUACGCCGAAGACCACGAGUUCAGCGCGGCGGUGUGUGGUUUGGAGCCCCAUGGCAAGGGUUGUCUCUACGCUCCACCGGGUUGUGCCCCGAACAAAGAUUGCCAAAUACAUUUCUCCUAUCGGGUGGAGAACACGGAUUUGAUCAUGGAAAUUGGAGGGGGCAUCGGGACGCAUGAAUAUAUGGCCGUCGGGUUCACGAAGAGUGGGGAAAUGUUCCACUCCUCUGUAACGGCUUGCCUGGGUGACGGCCUACCCUACAUCGGCCACAUCGCCGGUGAGCGCCGCAUCGAACCAAUCAGCUGGCCGAGCGGACAGAGCAUGGACUCGUUUCUGAAGACCGACACCUAUAUACAGUGCAUCAUCAGACGUCGGCUAUCGAACACCAACAACGAGCUGAUCUUCGACCUGAACAGCACCAAAUUCAGCGUCAUCAUGGCCAGGGGCAAGCACCAGGAUGGAGGGCUGAGAAAGCACACUGGCCGGUGGAAAGUCACCCGACAACCCAUCGACCUGGCGCUCUAUGACGGUGUGGAGACGAAUGAGACUCGACCCGAGAAGCCCGACCCGGUGCGGCUCGGCCUCGGCGUGCUGCGCUUGAAGAAGGCACAUGGAGCCCUGAUGAUCGUGGCGUGGACGGUGUGCCUCUCCAGCGGCAUCCUCAUCGCCCGCCACUUCAAGGAGCACUGGCCCGAGCAGCUGUUCCUCAACGUCAAGCCCUGGUUCAACGCUCACCGCGGCUUCAACUCGCUCGGCCUGCUGCUCAUCCUCACGUCGCUGGUGAUGAUCUUGUGCGCCAAGGGUGGUGUGACGAUACGCUUUGAAUAUCCGGGAGGCUACCACGGUCUUUUCGGCAUCUCAGCCUGUAUCCUGGCCUGGCUACAGCCGAUCAACGCCCUCUUCCGCUGCGACCCAACGGCCGAGAAUCGUUGGAUCUUCAACAUGAUCCAUCGCACCAGCGGCUACUUGGCCUGGACGUUGGCUAUCAUCACCAUCAUGAUCGCCCUGCAAGAAUUCGGGAUGACCCAACCGCCACUCGCCUACCACCUCUACCUCGGCUACCUGGGGCUGGCCGUCUUUUGCGAGCUGUGCCUGGAGCUGACCUCUGCUUUGGCCAACCCGGUCCAAGUGAAGCCGCAGGACACCUCUAAUCGCGAACAGUCAGAUCGGGAUGGUGUGGUCUCGAACAAGAGUGGCUCCAUCCGAUCUUCGGCUCCCUCCACCUCCGAGCGCAAGCCGGCCGGCCAGUCCGAGUCGGAGCAGCAGUCGCCAGAGGGUCUCGGAGCGCUGAAAACUGUCCAAGUGGCCGUGAUGGGACUCUACAUAGUCGGCUCGGCUAUCCUGGCCACAUCCAUCUGCGUCGUCAUCAUCACCUUCACGCCG